AACCUAAACCCAAGUAUGCUAAAAGUGACUGGUCUAUGGAUCGUCCUGUAUUCUUCAAAGGGGAACUCGACUUCGGUUAUCAAAGAGUCGACAAGGAGAGCUUUGAUGUUCCUCGUGAUAAGUCCGCCCAGCAGCAUCAAACACACCUGGACUCCAUAUUUGAGCUGCUGGAGAAGAACAUUUUCACUUUUGUGAAAAAGGAGCUGAAGAACAUCAAGAAAGAUCUGGAUCCAGAUUCCCAAAAAUGCACAGAGAGUCAGAGGGCGGAUGAGGAGAUGUUAGACUGGGGGGAUGAGGAGGAGAGGAAGAGCAGUAGAGAAGCUCUUCUGAAGAUCAUGCAGCACUCCCUGAGGAGAAUGAACCACAAAGAGCUGGCUGACUGUCUCCAGCGAAAACAUCCUGUUCCGGUUUAUCAGCAUAAACUCAGAAAUAACUUGAAGAAGAAGUUCGAGUGUGUUUUUGAGGGGAUUGCUAAAGCAGGAAACCGGACCCUUCUGAAUCAGAUCUACACCGAGCUUUACAUCACAGAGGGGGGGGAUGGAAAGGUCAAUAAUGAACAUGAGGUCCGACAGAUCGAAGCAGCAUCCAGGAAACUGAUUGGACCAGAAACAACCAUCAGAUGUGAGAACAUCUUCAAAGCCUCACCUGGAAGAGACGAACCAAUCAGAACAGUGAUGACAAAGGGAGUGGCUGGAAUUGGGAAAACAGUCUUAACACAGAAGUUCACUCUGGACUGGGCUGAAGACAAAGCCAAUGAGGACAUACAGUUCACCUUUCCAUUCACUUUCAGAGAGCUGAAUAUGCUGAAGAAGAAGUUCAGCUUGGUGGAACUUGUUCAUCACUUCUUCCCUGAAACCAAAGAGGCAGGAAUCUGCAGGUUUGAAAAGUUUAAGGUUGUGUUCAUCUUUGACGGUCUGGAUGAGUGUCGACCUCCUCUGGACUUUCACAACAUUGAGAUCCUGACUGAUGUCACACAGUCUACCUCAAUGGAUGUGCUGCUGACCAACCUCAUCAGGGGGAACCUGCUUCCCUCUGCUCGCCUCUGGAUAACCACACGACCUGCAGCUGCCAAUCAGAUCCCUCCUGAGUAUGUUGGCAUGGUGACAGAGGUCAGAGGCUUCACUGACCCACAGAAGGAGGAGUAUUUCCGGAAAAGAUUUGAAAAGAAGGAUCAGGCCAACAAAAUCAUCUCCCACAUCAAGACAUCCCGAAGCCUCCACAUCAUGUGCCACAUCCCAAUCUUUUGCUGGAUCACUGCUACAGUUCUGGAUGUGUUGAAAACCACAGAAGUUCAAAAGCUGCCCAAGACCUUGACUGAGAUGUACAUCCACUUCCUGGUGGUUCAGACCAAGCGGAAGAAGAAGAAGUAUGAUGGAGGAGAUGAGACUGAUCCACACUGGAGUCCCGAUAGCAGGAAGAUGAUCGAGUCCCUCGGAAAACUGGCUUUUGAGCAGCUGUUGAGAGACAACCUGAUCUUCUAUGAAUCAGACCUGACAGAGUGUGGCAUCGAUAUCAAACAAGCCUCAUGGUACUCAGGAGUGUUCACACAGAUCUUUAUAGAGCAAAGCGGACUGUACCAGGACAAGGUGUACUGCUUCAUCCACUUGACCGUUCAAGAGUUUCUGGCCUCUCUCUAUGUCCAUCUGACUGUCACCAACUCUGGAGUCAAUCUGAUGUCAGAAGAACAAGAAACCUUCCAAAAGUCUACCACAACAGAAGACCACUCUCCAAAGGCACACCUCUACCAGUGUGCUGUGGACAAGGCUUUAAAGAGUCCAAAUGGACACCUGGACCUGUUCCUCCGUUUCCUCCUGGGUCUUUCACUGCAGACAAACCAGACUCUCCUGCGCGGCCUGCUGACACAGACACAAAGAAGCAAUGAGACCAAUCAAGAAACAGUCCUGUACAUAAAGAAGAAGAUCAGUGAGAAUCAGUCUGCAGAGAAAAGCAUCAAUCUGUUCCACUGUCUGAAUGAACUGAACGAUCGUUCUCUGGUGGAGGAGAUCCAACAGGCCCUCAAAUCAGGAAGUCUCUCAACAGACAAACUGUCUCCUUCUCAGUGGUCCGCUCUGGUCUUCAUCUUACUGUCAUCAGAGAAAGACAUGAACAUGUUUGAUCUGAAGAAAUACUCUGAUUCAGAAGAGGCUCUCUUGAGGCUGCUGCCAGUGGUCAAAGCCUCCAACAAAGCACUGCUGGGUGGCUGUAACCUCUCAGAGAGAAGCUGUGAAGCUCUGUCCUCAGUUCUCAGCUGUCAGUCCUCUAAUCUCAGAGAGCUGGACCUGAGUAACAACCACCUGCAGGAUUCAGGAGUGAAGAAGUUAUCUGCCGGACUGAAGAGUCCAAACUGCGUGCUUGAAACUCUAAGUCUGUCCGGCUGUCUGAUUACAGAGGAAGGCUGUGCUUCUCUGUUAUCAGCUCUGACCUCCAACCCCUCUCACCUGAGAGAGCUGGACCUGAGCUACAACAGUCCAGGAGAUUCGGGACUGAAGCUGCUGGAGGAUUCUCCCUGGAGACCAGAAACUCUCAGGGUGGAUCCUGCUGGAGUGCGAUGGUUGAAACCAGGGCUGAGGAAGUAUUACUGUAAACUGACAUUCGAUCCGAACACGAUGAGCAGAGAGCUCAAACUGUGCGACAACAACAGAAGGCUGAUCCACAUGCAGGAAGAGCAGUCGUAUCCCGAUCAUCCCGACAGGUUUGACUUCUGUCCUCAGCUGCUGUGCAAAGAGGGUUUGAGCGGUCGCUGUUACUGGGAGGUGGAGUGGAAAGGACAGGUGGACGUGUCUGUGUCUUACAAAGGGAUCAGCAGGAGAGGACACAGAAACGACUGUGAGUUUGGAUGGAACGACCAGUCCUGGAGUCUGGAGUGCUCCGACAGUGGUUACACAGUGUGGUACAACAACGUCGGAGCAUCAAUCACCCCGUCCUCCAUCUCCUCCGUCUCUGACAGAGUAGGAGUGUACGUGGACUACUCUGCCGGCAGCCUGUCCUUCUACAGCGUCUCCUCCGACUCGCUGAGUCACAUCCACACUUUCUACAACACCUUCACUGAGCUGCUCUACCCCGGGUUCGGGUUCUGGUCUGACCUGCCAGACUCGUCAGUGUCUCUGUGUCCUCUGCUGGAGGAAGACACACCUGAGGACAAGACUGUCUCCCCACUCCGCUCAUAGGUCAUACACAGGCUGUAAGCUAACACCAUCCGUUCCUUUGUUGUUUCCACAGCCCUUGUCCUCUUUCCUUUUCUACUAAAGACUCCUUUGUUUACAACUGUGAACUGCCUACUGACUACUUGGGUCAGUAGUGAAUCUAAAUGUGAAAAUAUUCACAGGAAGAACAUGCUGAAUCUGAUGUGUGGAGAAAAGAGGGCAUGUGGCAUUUAUUAUUGAUCAUACUAUUACAUUUCUUUACUUUAAAGUGCCUCUUUACAGGUGUGUAAUUAAUUUCAGAACAAACUCAUCUGUGAGUCAACCAUAAAAAGUGCACUAAUUCUAUUUAACUAAACCCUAAAACCACUUUUUUCAACUAUAAACCUCUGUAUCUGAGUAUUAAGUAGUGUUAUGGAUCAAUCCAAGUCCCAAUCUCGACAUUUCAGUACAAAGUAUUGAAAUUCUAAAUGUUGUGUUAGAAAUGUGCAUAGUGUCUGCCCUUCCGUUUGAAAAACUCUAACAGCUGUGUGGAGUACAGUAUUACGUAGGAGUGCAUCCCCACGUCACCAAACCUAUAAAAGCCUUGUGACUCUGAUUUCUCCUGCUUAUUCUGCUCCAGUCCCCGGCAUCAUAACGUUGCCUCUCGCCCACACCUGCCGAACACACACACUCGCCUCGUUCUCUCUCUCCUCACUCGCUCCCCCCACCCACACGCAUGCGCACUGAGCCAUUCACAGACAGACAUACCCCUGCUCGUAUAACAGUGGUUAUUUGUCUAAAAUGUGAAAGCCAUAAAUCUUCCAGGGGGCCUCGUGUACCAUUCAGAAACGUCCCCCAUCCUCUUCUGCACCUCACUGUCCACGUCAUCAGCUGUCUCUGCUCUCGCUGCCCCUACUAACGGGUCAAAACGAUACGGAUCUGGAAGUCCGUGGUCGUGCUCUAUUUGAGAGUCUACAGGAGACUCUGGAGGAGAGAAGUCUUUGACUUUCCGUGGCACACGUGCCAUUGCUGCUUACGGAGUCGUCGCUCAUGGCUAAAUAACCUAGCUAAACCUACCGGUACUGUUUUUAUUUGUGUGUGUGGGGCAAACAUUGUGUCAUGUUGCGGCUGAUAACGGCGCGAAGGAGUGAGUGGGCGUGUGUUACCCCCCCCCCCCCCCCCCCCCCCUCGAAGUUAAUACAUUGACAUUCUAAAUGCAUUUUUUGAAAUUCCAGGGUCGAGCACUACAGCUGAAAAUAUGGGGUUUAGUUACUCUUUAAUGGUAUAUUAUCGGAAACACUGUUUACUGUAUUUUAUUGUCUUGAAUAUUGUUUAGAUGUUUAUACACACAAAUACAGCACAGUUACAUGAACCACACAGUGAUUUUAUCUAUUUCACACAAAGUCUCUGCUUAUGGCUGAAAGUAUUCCUAACUGACUCAAAUGUGUCGCUGUUGGGGCUUUCACACUUGCAGAAAACUUCUGAAAAAUCUCCUGGUGUUUCCAGGAGGAUCUGUAUGUGUGAACGCAAACAGCUUUCACUCGGACUUCACCCAGGGGUUUCUCCGGCCAGACUCCUAGUAUUUUUUCUGCAGCAAGUCCGACUGGGCUUCCACAGGAUAUUAUCUGGAGAAUUCUACUCGAGCCAGUGUGAGGGGCUGUUACGUUUAUAUCCUGUGACUGCUGCGCGGUGCAUAGUGUGUAUACAUGCGACCGCUUCGAUCUCCGUGCACGUAAUUAAACGGCUGCGUUAUGUUUCCUGUUCGUCAGUAUGUUGUUCUUAGCUCUUUAGUUGAUGUUGUCUUUCAGUUGAACUACACGUAGAAUUUAUAUGAAGGCAAAUAUUCUCAUUAUAGCGUCGUAUAGCGGACUCUGUUGCUUUGUCCGCUACUUUUUUACGUCACGUCUUACCUCGGGAGACCCCCGGCCCCCCCUCCUCUCUGACAGGGAUAGUCUCUGCUGUGAGGAUCAUACGUGAACAGCCAGGUCAGGAGAAUAUCUGAGCUGUCCUCCGGAAAUUAUCUAGAUAUAUUAAGGAGUAUAUAUGUGAAAACGGCUUAAAAAAAGUUUGAUGCACAGAAGUAUAAUGAGAGAAGUGAAAUUAACUCAGUCUGUCUCUGUAUCAUUUUUAAAUAAAGUUAUAUUUCUGUUAAUGAAACCU